UAUAAAAAUGAACGAGUUUAAACUCCAUCAGCAAGUUUUACAUGGCCUCUAAACGAUAUUAUUACCUUUGCGUGUGUUGUGUCCACUACACAACUAAAAGCAUACCAAUAAUAUUUUCUUUUUUGGUAGCAGUUGGGGAUGAGCAUCACACUCACCAUAGCAUACCCAUAGGCAUCUUCUUGUUUCUCUUUUUUCUUGUCUCUCUGUUGAAUUAUGGCAUCAUUUCCAAAUAACGGUUCCAUUUUUCUAAGCUUUUAUUCGUAAAUGCCAAAUGGCACCAACCCAUUUCCUUGAAGACUUCUUCCCCUUUUCUACUCAAUUCUGAACAGAAAGCAAAGCAAGCCUUCGACUAGUUCCUAAUCUAAUCCAUUUAAAUAUUUAUUUAUAUACUUAGUUUUUGUUUCUUCGUUUUUCCUUCCAAGUCACUGUAUAUUAUCCAACCAGUCCUUCCAUUCUCACACAAAAUGCAUGUCUCGCCAAACGUAAUCGGCUGACAGAGUUAAAAGUCACAACUCUGCAAUUAAUUAACUCCACAUCUUAUGAUUUCUCCAAAGGAAGAUCCUCUUUUUUCACAGACCGGCUUCUCCACUAUGCUCAAGCUCCUCAACAAGAACAUCCGCCGCCUCCUCCGCCGUCUCCGGUGGCCAAUUCGCCGCCGUUCGAAGCCCAAAGUAGUAGUGAUCAGCAAGCUCGGAAAGAACGCCCCAAAGGCCCAAACCGAGCCAAGCCCAAACCUUUCCGCGGCUGUUCAUCCUAACGCGCAAUUGGGUACUCCGAAGCCAAUCCGGAUCGCUACAUUCAACGCCGCGCUGUUCUCCAUGGCCCCGGCGCUCCCGAAAGCUGCACGCGAGUUGGGGGAGCAAAACGGCGUCGCUUCGAAGGCGAAUUCGCGGCCCAGAAGCAUAUUGAAACAUUCGCCAUCGCAGUCACAAUCAGUGAAGAGCAGAGCAGAGGAGAACGUUGGUAGCAGACAGAAGAUGAGGGUUUCCAUAAAUUUACCAGACAACGAGAUUUCGCUGCUGCGAAGCCGACAAUCGAGCUUCUCGGAACACGACAAGGAAGGGCUGAAGGCGUGGUCGGUAGGGGGAGGUGGGGCCCACAUGAGUAACAGAACAGUUGUUGAGGUUCUGAAGGAAGUGGACGCAGAUGUUUUGGGUCUGCAAGAUGUGAAGGCUGAGGAAGAGAAUGGGAUGAAGCCUUUGUCUGAUUUGGCUGCGGCGUUGGGAAUGAACUACGUCUUCGCCGAAAGUUGGGCACCUGAGUACGGCAAUGCUGUCUUGUCCAAAUGGCCCAUCAAACGCUGCGUCUCUCACCAAAUCUUCGAUCACACUGAUUUCAGGAAUGUUUUGAAGGCCACAAUCGAUGUGCCUCAAGUAGGUGAGCUUAACUUCUACUGUACCCAUCUUGAUCAUCUUGAUGAGAAUUGGCGAAUGAAGCAGGUAAAUGCAAUAAUUCAAUCCAGUGAUGAGCCUCACAUCUUAGCUGGAGGCCUUAAUUCACUGGAUGAAUCAGAUUACUCCCAAGAGAGAUGGACAGAUAUUGUGAAGUACUAUGAAGAGAUUGGAAAGCCAACACCAAAGGUUGAAGUGAUGAAAUAUCUCAAGAGUAAAGACUACACUGAUGCAAAGGAUUAUGCAGGGGAAUGCGAGUCUGUUGUCAUGAUUGCCAAGGGCCAAAGUGUUCAAGGCACAUGUAAGUAUGGAACUAGGGUAGAUUACAUAUUAUCAUCAUCAAAUUCUCCAUACAAGUUUGUUCCUGGUUCCUAUUUAGUCCUUUCUUCCAAAGGGACUUCAGAUCAUCACAUAGUGAAAGUUGAUGUGGUGAAGGCAAAUGACAACCCUGAAGAAAAGCUGACAAAGAAUACGCAACAACCAAGACAGAGAGUUGUAAAAAUAACACAAUCCACACCCUCAAAAGGUAUCUGGAAAACUCACUCUUGAGACCUAAAUUGAGUUUCCUUGGUUUAGAUUAGUAUGAUGAUGAUAAUGUUUCGGAA